AUGGUGCUGCAAGUACUUGGGUCCCUGGCACCAGCUGCUGGCUUCAGCCUGGCCCAGGACUUGCUGUUGUAGACAUUGGAGGAGUGACGGAGUAGAUGGAAGGUCUCUCCCUGUUGAUCUGCGUUUCAACUAAAUGAAACUGAAGAAAUGAAGCCUUGGAGGGGCCUGGCCCGGUUCAUGGAAGCUUGGCUGCAGCUGGGGGCACAGGCUCCCCAGAUGGCCAUGUGUUGGUAUCUGUGACUCACCUGGCUGCAGGCUGUCAGAUAGUCCUGACUGCAAGUCAGAUUCAAGCUGCUGCUGCUCCGUGGUCAUCCAGCCUUCACCUGGGAAGGUAGGAUUUGCUGACUCGGAGAGAACGGACAACACGCCGUUCUCAACCAUCCUAGCACUGCCCAAGCCACCCCAGUAUACUUGGGCUAGGCCAUAGCCAGCUGAGGUCACAAGGUGUGUCGGAGUAGCAAUGCCUCCCUGUCUGCCACCGGAUCCUGUGGCACAGCUCACUGCAGUAGAGCAGGGGUUGGUCUCCAGGGUACACUGAGGAAGCAUGAGGCAGGCCACUGUGCCGGGAUACCUGGAGUCUGGUGCAUAACCGUGGCUGAUCCUUGAAGUACCCGUUCCUGAGGCAGUGGCUUAGGCAUGUCAUCAGUGUUAUGGGACUAAACCUGUUACAGAGCAGUGGAUGUGUGUUAAGUGCUCCUGGCAUCUGGGUGGCCCUUAUAGCCAGGCCUACCUAGGUUCUCCUCCCAGCCUCAUGACCACUGAGCCACACUUCUUUAUUGAAGAUGCGGAUUAACAGUAAUUCUUGCCUCCCAGGUUGCUACGACCUUCUGAGAGAUAAUGCAAGUGUCUGAACCAAGAGUACCCAGCAUGGGCACCCCAGCCUCUGUGGUCAGCGAGCCGCCCCCGUGGAAGCCCCCAACAGAAGUGCGGGGCCGCAAGCAGGCCUCGGCCAACAUCUUCCAGGAUGCGGAGCUGCUGCAGAUCCAGGGCCUGUUUCAGCGCAGCGGGGACCAGCUGGCCAAGGAGCGUGCCCAGAUUAUCUGGGAGUGUGCUGGGGAGCACCGUGUGGCAGAGGCCCUGAGGCGGCUGCGCAGGAAGAGGCCUCCUAGGCAGAAACUGCUGGGCCACUCGCUGCAUCCCUGCAGCAGGCUCCGGAUCCCAGAGCCCCGCUCUCCACUGGCUGACUCGCAGAGCCAUGCCACAGAGAUGGCCUCCAGCGAGCAGCAGCCGAGCAUCCGGAGGACAAGUGCUAGGAUCCGCCAGAACUGGGCCAAGCCGGGCCCCACAGGCUACCUCCACCAGAUCAGGCACUGAGGCAGGGAAGGGGCCGGGAAUGGCAGUGGCUUCCCCAGGAAUCACAGGGACCUUUGCCCAAGGGCCUGGGGAGGUGAAGAGGAAGAGACCUGGGGCGGGCAGGCCUACCUGAAAAACCCAAAGGAAGAGACCGCUGCCACUGGCCUGCUCCAUGGAGAGCAGGAGGCAUCCGUUUGGCUUGGUUCGGUGGGGUCUGAUCCUCACUUAGAUGAGGAAGACCAGUGACUGUCCCUGCCUCCGCCCUUCCUCACCUAACACUGUACUCGGGCUGCAUGACCUUCCCUGGGAGCCGAGUGGCAGGCUCUUGGACGCAGCAUCUCACUACUUCCUACUGAUCCACCUGCUGCUACUGUAACCCAUGAACUAGUAGCCUGUCCCAUAGCCGAGCACCGUCAGACCAGCACAAGGGAGCUGAGGUGUUAAAUGGCAAACACACACACUUUUAUCAAGAACUGUAUAACUGCGUUGCAGCAGGGGAGGAUCCUGAAACAGCAGCUCAGGAGUAGGGGCGAGGCACCCCAGGAAGAAGAAAUCAGGGCUGGCUUCUGCUUUGUCUUCCCCAUGCUCCAUCAGAUCUGAGGAACAGCAGAACACUGUGUAGGCAGCCCUGCUCAGUAGGCGCUGGCUGCUGGAUGGGCUACAUCUGCAAACCAAUGGGCUCCAGCAUCUCACGUGGCUUCUUCAUCCCCAUGGGCUGACCGGGACCAAUCAUCCUCCAGCCGCCUGCACUGUCCAUACAUAAGGAGCUAGAUGAACUACGGUGAGGUCUUUGUUGGAAUGAGAAAAUGUAGAAUCUCUUAAACAAGAUACAAGAUGCUUGCUUCUCCCCAAAAAUCUGCCUUUAACAAGAUCAAAGUGGUAAUCCCACUCCUCUGGCUUUUCAGUUUUAUUUUAAGAGUAGCCAGGAAGCAGCAAUUCUAUGCUUUAUCAGGAGAAGUUACUUAUGGUUACCCUAUAGUAAUCCUCUGGUGGAUUUUUGUUUUAUAUUGGGAAGUUGCAUAAUUACAAUUUUGAUGGGUUUCAUCCCCACCCUCUGAUUGUUAGUUGCCGUUGUAUUUUUUUCACCAAAAAUUGUGCUUAAGAGAUUUGACUCUGUUUUUCACUUGUUUCCUUUUGGAGCCAUCUCCUGGCUGCUGCAGCAGGUUCCUGACUAAAUAAAUCAGUCUUGCUUUGCUCA